GCCACAGCCGUGUCAGCUAUGGAGGGAGACAGUUGGUGCUGAUGGCUGAACAAAGGAAAGUCCUUCCGACAGAUUCUCAGUAAAAUCUGCGGACUCAUCAUUUCUGGAUUGAAGGAUCAUUAUCUCUUCAUCAUUAGCUGAGUCACGUUUCUCUGAGGCAGUCCCAACUCUUACUGCCUCUGGACACAUCCAGCCACUUCAAUAUGUGGGUGUUGAGUGUUGCACAUCAGCACAAGUUGCUCCUCGUUGGGACUAGAAGAUUGCACAAGUCUGCAUUAUUUUUACGAGUGGGCUGUUAUCACGUCUCAGCCUUUGUCCUGCACCCAGAGGACAGCAGCAUCAACCCUGUGGUGAGGAGACGACACAGUGUGAUAAAUACUUCCGGUGUCCAACACAAACCUGUUGUACCAGAUGGAAAGCGAGAUCAUAAGAGGUCAGUUCUGAGUAAAGUGCGGAAGAAUGAGACCCCAGUGUUGCAGAAACCAAGUGAGAGGAGGGGGGGGGACAGCAGAGUGUCAUCUGAACUCAGGAGACUGAGUCUGGAGGAUUUCCCCGAGCAGAAGGAGAGGAUGGAGGGUCAGAGGUCAACACUGAACUCCAAAGCUGAGAGCUAUGAGGUGCUGUUUGGCAUCGCUCCCUGUCUCUUGGCUCUCUCUCAGGGCAGAAGGAAGGCCCAGAGGCUGUUUGUAAAAGAUGGCGAGGCCUCUCACAGGGCGUCUGUGUUACAGGUGUGUGAGGAGGCUCAUCGACAAGGAGUACAAGUCCAGCGGGUCAGUAAGAGGGAUCUGGACAAGAUGUCUUCUGGGCGAGUGCAUCAAGGAGUAUGUCUGCAAGCAAGUCCUCUGAGCUACCUCACAGAGGACAGAAACUCUGCACCCAGCAGAGGAGACGCCCCUCUCUGGCUCGUCUUGGAGAGAAUUCAGGACCCGAUGAAUCUCGGCGCCAUCCUGCGCUCAGCUUACUUCCUCGGUGUGGACAGAGUCGUCAGCAGUCUUCGCCACAGCUGUCCGUUGUCUCCAGUGGUCAGCAAGGCCAGCUCAGGCGUCAUGGAGGUGCUCGAGGUGUAUGGGUAUGAAGACCUUGAGGACAUGCUGGAGUUGAAGGUGGCUCAGGGCUGGCAGGUGGUUGGCACGGUGGGAGCUGAAGCACAGGAGUCCCAGAUUCCUGUCACCCAGUGUGCAGACUUUCACAUGACUAAACCCACGGUGUUGCUGAUGGGAGGUGAGGGGGAGGGACUGUCCCAGCAGCUGCUCUCUCUGUGCCAAACUCUCCUCACCAUCCCAGCUGGUAGAGAGUUGUUCCCAGGUAUAGAGUCUCUGAACGUCUCUGUAGCUACAGGCAUUCUGCUGCACUCCCUGCUGUUGUCCAGGCGCUCCACCACAUGAUGACCUCCAUAAACACCUGUCUGUACUCUACAACAGAGGCAGGAAGGGAACUGACAAGUAGACAUGUUGAUAUAUGUGAAACUGAACACUUUACUGCAGUCUUCAGAUACGGCUUAAAGGUCCAGUGUGUAGGAUGCAGGGGGACAUAUUGGCAGAUAUGGAAUAUGAUAAGUAUGUUUUCUUUAGUGUUUAAUAACCUGAAAAUAACAAUAAUUGUGUUUUUGUUACCUUCGAAUCUUAGUGGGUCCUCGUUUAUGGAGAUCACCAUGUUCCUACAGUAGCCCAGAACAGACAAAACAUUUGGUUUUCACAUUGGCCACUUUAGUUUGCAGCUCUCCGUGAUGACAUCUCGUAAAAAUGCUGAUUUUUUUUUUGUGUGGAACUGUUUUAUCCACUGUUUAAAGCAGUUUAAACUACUGGUGUGCAAUUGUUUUGGGGAGAGACCUCUGCUGCUAAUUCAGCUCCUAGUUAAAACCUGCUAAACAUCUAGAUCUCAAGUUAUCAGAGAAAAUAGCACACAUUAGCAAGUAUUAGGCUAGCAGCCCAUCUCCGACAUGCCCAACACCGUUGGAGAAACACUGAUUUGUAAUGUGGAACUGCUUUAUUCAGUGAUUUUACUGGUUUAAAUCAGGGUUCCAUUUGUUUUGGAGAGGAAGAG